AUGGAAGAACUGAAAACAGAUAUCCUGACGGCUCAGCCUGCGCUUUUUGCUCUAUCUGCCUUAGUUGAAAAGCAAGUAAAAAUAACCAAAAAGCCUACCAAAAAACGGCAAUACAAAAAACCACUUACUCCUCAACAAAUUCGCCUAAAUGAGAUCAUUGAUGAGAUCUCUGAAUAUAUUAUGGGAGCUGCCGAAGACUCAUUGACAACCCCCUUUCAAAUUAAAUGCCUGGCACUUUCCCGAGACAACGUAAAUUUAUUUUUCGGAAGCAGCAAUGGAAAUAUAGCUCGCUAUAAUAGGGUACAGAAAAAUAUAACAGAUGAUAUUCCUCUUAAUGUAGGACCAAUAUAUGGGAUCUGUCUAGAUGAAAUCAGCAGCAAAGCUUUUAUUUGUGGAGAAGAUCCUAUUGUAAGGAUUUAUAGGCUUCCUAGAUAUGAACUUGAGUUUGAAUUAAAAGGGCACGAGCAGUCUGUGAAUUCUAUAAGGCUAGGACAUACUAGAGAAUUUUUGUACUCAGCAAGCAAUGAUGGGACAGUAAAGAAGUGGAACUUAAAAACACUGGAAAAUGAAGGCACGAUUAUGCAGCAUGUGGGAAAAGCAUCGUCUUUAGCUUUGACAGUAAACGGAAAGUAUGUAUUUUCUGGAGGUGCUGAUAAUUUAAUUAGGGUUUACCAACUUUUGCAUGGCCAACAGAUAUUGAACUUAAAAUCUCAUAAUGACUGUGUUAAGUCCUUACUCCCCCACCCCGUGAGUGAACAAAACCAUUAGAAAAAUCCCUAUUUUUUGCCCAAACACCCUCCGUGAGUGAACAAAUAUUUUUUUAAUAGAAAAAAAUUUUUUAUGAAAAAAAAUUGAUAUAUAAGUGAUAAUUAGUAUAAUGAAAUCUCGAGCUAAUUCUGUUUAAUUUUGAACAAAUUGCGUUCUAAAGCAUAAAUUGUAUAAAUUAAAUUAAUAUUUGCUUCCCAAUUUUUGCAAAUUAGGAGUUUUUAAAAUUUCGAAAAAAAAGUUUUCUAUAAAAUUUAUAUAUAAUUUUUUAAAAAAAAAAUUAAUUCCCCUCCCUGAGUGGACAAAAUUGUUUUGUUCACUCACGGAGGGGGGAGUUAGCAGUAAAUAGCCAAUCAACGUUCCUGGCCUCAGGGUCUGAUGAUUGCACAGUAAUUUUAUGAAACAUUGAAGAUUUCACUCUUUAACUUAAUUGGCAGCUAGUCGAGAUCCGCUUUGUUAACUCGGUACCAAGAUCCCUCCAGGGAUUCAUCCGCUUUGCGGGACGUCUACUUCCGAUCGCCGGAAAGAUGGGCUGCCUCGCCGUCACCUCCUCUUUGCCACUUCGCGGUGGCUCCAAUUUUGAGUGGGCGGACUAUGGAUUCCGGGGCCUUGCUUCAGGCUGCCUGCUCAGAAAAUCCAAAAAAUGGACUGUCGGCAAAAGGUUUAACUUGUAGCCCAGGCCGUAACCCCUGGCUUCACGGUAGUGCAGUGCCCGAAUGGUCCAAAGGACUUUACUGGGCAACACCUUUUCCAACUGCAAGCCUCCUUUGUCCUUAAGAUAAAACCCAAACCAGAAAAAGGAUAAGGGCCAGUCUCCUUACACACAGGAGUUGCUUACUUAGCAUAGCUGCCCAUUUUUAGCUUACUCCCCCCCCCCCCCCCCCUCCGUGAGCGAAACAAAACCAUUAGAAAAAUCGCCAUUUUUUGACCAAAAACCCACCCUCCGUGAGUGAACAAAAAUUUUUUUAAUAGAAAAAAUUUUGAUAUAUAAGUGAUAAUUAGUAUAAUGAAAUCUAGAACUAAUUCUGUUUAAUUUUAAACAAAUUGCUUUUUAAAACAUAAAUUUUGCAAAUUAAAUUAAUAUUUGCUUCCCAAUUUUUGCAAAUUAGGAUUUUUUUUAAAUUUCGAAAAAAAAUAUUUUUUUUAUAAAAUUUAUAUAUAAAUUUUUUUUUAAAAAAAAAAAAUUAAACCCCCCUCCGUGAGUGAACAAAAUUUUUUUGUUCGCUCACGGAGGGGGGGGGGGAGUUAGUAAAACCUUGUCGGAUAUGAUUAAAUAUGUGCUCGAAGAUAGUCGGCGUAGCCGACCGCGAAGCGCUGAGACGCCAUAUUUAAUUGAAGAUUUCACUCCGAUCAGAGUUUUCAUAGACCAUGAAGCCACAAUUCAAGCUCUAGCUUUUAGCUUAGAUGGUAGCAUUCUUCUAACAGGCUCUGCUGAUUUUACUAUAAAAGUGUGGGACCUUGCAAAAGAAAGACGUGAAAUCACCUUAAAUUCCCACAAAAAUAUCAUAAAUGAGCUUAUAAUUUCUCCAAAUCAAGAUUUUAUCAUCUCUUGUUCUGAUGAUAAAUCAUUAAGAGUAUGGAGUUUCCCACAGUUUUUAGAAGAACAAGUCUUCAAAGCUCUUGAAAAUUCUUUUAAUUCAGUCGUAAUCAGCCCUAUAAGCAGUGAAGUAAUUUCUUGUGGGACUGAUAAGUACGUCAGAUGGUGGAACCCCACAAAAGAUGAAGCCUGUGUGCUAUGUGAGACCAAUGGGACUAGUCUAAAAGUGGCUGUCGCUAAAGAUGAAAGUUGGAUAGCAGCUGGUGAUGACUUAGGGAAAAUUUACCUUAUAAACUAUAAGGAAAAAAAGCUAGAAAAAGAAAUCCAAGCACAUCUAGGACCAGUAAGGGAUUUAUGUUUUUCUCAUGAUGCUAGAUAUUUGGUUAGUGGAGGUGGAGACUCUACUGUCAGUGUCUGGCACAUUGAGAAAUUAGAAGCCACUGUACUAAGAGGGCAUUUGCAAAGCGUAUGAGCUGUCGCUAUAAGCUCUGAUGGAGAAACUGCUAUUUCUGGAAGUGGUGACGGAACAUUGCGCGUUUGAGAUGUAUUUAAAGGCAAAGAAAGAUACAGCGCUCAGUCUUAUCUUAUAAAAUUUAUACGCUUAACGUCCACUACGGGGUGACAACCCCAGGUACUGUCACUCGCCUUGCGUCGCAUCGGGCCCACAGGUCGCUGGGGAUGGCCUGCUUCGAUCACCAAGGUCCUUCUCGGGAGAGUGUUCCGGCUUCGACGGCUCAUGGAUGAGCUGCUUGCUUGUUACAUGGGUUGCUUUUCCGAAAAAAACCCAAAAAUGGAUUUUCUGGUCGGCUAUCGGCAAAAAGGAAAAACACAUAGCCUGGGACGUAACUCCCAGUUUCACGCUAGGGAGUUGCCCGAUUGGUCCUAACGGACUCUGCUGAGCUUCCCCUUUCCAACUCUGUGCCCUCCUUCCCCACGAGGAAAAAUCCACCCCUGAGAAUAGACUAGGACUAGGCUCUGAACUCCACCAGAAUUGUUUACCUAGUAUUGCCGUCCAUCUCUAGAAUGGUAAAACCUUGCCGGAUAUAAUUAAAAUAUGAGUCGAGGCUGCAUGGCCGGGAGGCCAUGCCCAGACGAAGACGCCAUAUUUUAAUUAUUACAGUGCUCAGUCACAAGAACAGAUUUCUGCUUUGCAAAUUGAUAGGCAGGACAGAUACGUGAUUUCUGGAGACCUAAGAGGAAAUGUCAAGAUAUGAAGCAUAUAUGAAAAAGCGAUAGAGACUGACUUUAAUGAGCAGCAUAGAGAUUGUGUUACUUCUAUCUAUGUAUGCCAUGAUAAUGAAAACUUUUUGACGUCUUCAAGAGAUAAGACCAUUUAUAUAUUUUCACUAAAAUACAGGGUAGCGCUGUCAUAUUUGACCAGAAAACAGACUAUUUUUUCUAUGGCAGUUUCCGCUGAUGAGAUGCUUAUUGCUACAGGUGAGCAGGAAAUGAUUUAUUUUCAAGAAAACCCAUUAAAGUCUACAAAGCCAAGAAUUGUAGGCCCACAUGAAGGGCUACAGAAGUUUAUUGCAUAUGCAAAAGAAGUGAUUAGUGAUUCUGGCCCAGAACAUGAUUCUAGUAUGGACAAUUUCAUUAUUCUGCCUUAUUUUUUCAAUAUUCUACACAUAUAUGCUUACUAUAAUUUUUCUAGUUACCUUAAACAGUCUUUAUUACAAUCGUCAGCUCCUAUGGUUCCGUCUAGAGAAGGCCAUACUCCAAUGACAAUCACUUUACUACGUAAAACAAGAUACUCAAGAGACGAAAUAAUUAAGGCCCUUUACCGCUUUGGAAAAAGCAGCCCUUUUAUAUUGCUUACACUGGAGCGUGACAUAUUUGUGCUGACCAAGCUAGGGCUGCCAUUAGUAGAAGAACUCUAUAAAGUACUAUUUCAACAAGCAAGUAGACAUUCUUUGCCGAAAUUUUGUGAAGACGAAGAAAUGAUUUUGCCGAUUGUUAAUUUGUCUGAGCACCCCAGAAUAAAACCAGUUGAAUUUAUGGACGAAUCUUUGAUGGGAAAUAGUGGAAAGUGCAUUUGCUUUAUGGAAAGCUAUGUAAAAAUAGCUUUAACUGUAGGCAGCAAAGAAAGCAUUGAUUUUUUAGAAUCACUAUCAAAAUGCAAAAAUAACGAAAUUUUUAGAACUCCAUUUAUUAAAUCAAUAAUUGAUUAUAAGUGAAGGCAAGUAGGAUUUAUGAUGAAAACGCUCGGUGGGAUGUAUUUUUUGUAUUUAUUAAUCAUGUGCUUAUAUACUGCAUAUUUCCAAGGAAACGUGUAUUUUCAGUCAGCUUUAUUUGUCUUUAAUGUCAUUUUGACUGCAUUUGAAACUUUCCAACUGUGUGUGUCAGGGAGCCAUUAUUUUACAUAUGUAUGGAAUUAUAUUGAUUGAACAAGAAGCAUUUUGGUACUUGUUUACUUAAUAAACUCCUGGUCUGAUGUAGAUAUGGAGCUUAAUUUUUCAAUCUUUUCUUUAGCGACCUUUGUAAGCUGAAUCAGAGGUUUUUCAUUUUUCAGGAUUUUCUCAAAAACAAGAUAUCUGACUAAUAUGGUUGUAGAGGUCAUAAAAAGCAUUACAGGGUUUUUAGUUAUCAUGGCAUAUUCCACCUUAGCCUUUACCUUUUUAUUUAUGGUCCUAGCUGGUCUCCACGCUAACCCUUCAUUUUUAAGCUAUUUAUCAGUCUCAUAUAACUUAAUGCUCGGCGCUUUUGAUGAUGGGGAAUAUGAUAUAAUUGAAUGGACCUGCAUAACCUUUGCUUUAAUAGUAAACCCUGUUGUCAUCCUAAAUCUGCUAAUAUCAAUUGUAUCGGAUGCUUUUGAUAAAGUCAAAAGCGACAGUAUCUCAGCUGACGCCAGAGAGCUUGUAGACAUGAUAAUUGAAAUAGAAAAUUUAAUGAUCACAAGGAGAGGAAGGAAUGAAAAAAAGUUUUUGGGCUCGGCUAAUUGUUUUAAAAAAAAAGCAAGUUUUUUUUGAAAAUUUAAAUUAUUUAAUGGGGUGAAAAUACACGAAAAUACUGCCCUACGAUAUUUUCAGGAUAGCCCAAAGUUUUUCCAAGUCUGCAAAGAGUAUGAAAAAGAUGAAGAAGAUGAGUGGGAAGGCAAAAUCCGAGAAAUGCAGAAAUAUAUUGAAGAAAUUAUAGAAAAUAAUGAAAAAGACAGAGAAAAGAUUAUUAAACUAAUCAAAAUGCAGGAAAGAGAAGCCAACGAGCAAUCAACAAAACUAGAUAUAGUGGUUCACAGAAUGAAAAAAAUUUGUGAAGCAGAAAAAAUUAUUUAA